AUGGUCGUCGAGUCACUUACAGAGGUUAUCGCCCCAGAAGGCGUUCAAGCGAGGCUUGUCGCAACGAGAGCUUUCGAUAUCACACUGCCACAUGCCGAGAAGACGAACGGAGAUGUCGUCCCUCUGAAACAUCCAGCAGAGAGCAAGGUGGACUUUGGCGCCGAAGUCUACGGGAUAGAUUUGAACAAUUUCAGUGAUGCUGACUUCGACUUCAUCUCCAAUGCAUUGCAUAAAUACAAAGUUUUGAUUUUCAAGGCGCAGCCGCAAAUGCUCAAACCUGAAAACCAAUACUUGCUGACGGCCAACUUCGACCCUGAGGAGACGACAGGAGGCUUUGCACAUGGCGCAGACCCGUUCCUUACAUCGCACAACAACGUCAAUAUCUACGGCAUCCAAAGCCGACCUGCCAUCCCUGUUCAGCCGCAAGUGCACAUUCUCGGACGGGGUGAGGUACCUGAGGAUCAUUACCAAUUCCCUCCCGGUUUCAAGAUCAAGGGCAUUGACCAUCAUGAGUUCCAUCUUCCACCACACAUUCCUAAAGAGGAACGGGAGAAAGGUGCCAGUAGAUUCUAUCAAUGGCACUGGGAUGGAGCACUGUACAAUAUUCCGCCACCAAGAGUUGGCUGUCUGCUCGCUGUGCGGACUCCCAAGGGUCCCGACGUGACUGUCCGCUGGGAUGAUGGCACAGGAACAGAGAUGAAAAUCCCCCCUGGAGCCACAGCGUAUGUCGCAGGAUCCAGAGCACUUGAGCUCCUCGACGAUGAGACCAGACAAAUGGCGUACUACAGCAGAAUAGAGUACGCACCCCAUGCCUUCAAGUGGAUGUCAACGGCCCAUAGCGCUAGGCUUGGUCAUAUCCUCGAAACUGAAGGUCUGGAGCUGCCCCGCUCCAGGCUUCCUCCAGUCGACGUCAACAAGAUCUGUGUCUAUCCGAUGGUAUGGACAAACCCCAAAACAGGCGAAAAGUCGUUGCAAGUUCAUGGACAAGGAGCUGUUAAGCUUUACCUCAAAAGCAGCCCUGACGGGGAAGAGACGAUUAUCGACGACCUAAAGCAAGUCAGAGACUUUAUGCAUAAGUAA